UUAUGUGUUUACAAAUAAAGUCUACAUUGCGUAUUAUUAUCGGCUCAGCAACGUUGUAGCAUCAUUCCUUUGUUGGUUGCAGCUGUUUGACAGUCGAAUGUAACACUAUGAAAUCAUUUGGUUUUCGGCUCGCAUGCGUAAUAAGCGAGGGAAUAAAUGGGGAUGUUGUGUAAAUAGAAUAAUUGUUUGAUACAUUUUACCGGUAGUGAUGCGAUCGUGUUGAAUGACAUCAUAAACAUACGAGCAACGCGAACUUCCUGAGUCUCUUGUUACUUCGAUGCCGGUACUCGCGCUACAUACACGCGUCGCGAUGUGUUUUUAUUAUUUAGUACUUUUUGUGUUUUCUGUUUUUGUGACUGAUUGUACGGGGUUGACUCCACAAUGCAGGAAUGAAAAAGGAGAGCCCGUUGAUUGGUUCUAUGUUUACAAAUUACCGCGGGAGAAGAAUCACUUGAAUCCGUUGGUACGUCGAGGGGUUGCAUACAUGCAUCUGACGCCUUCGAAAUUGCGUGGAGGAUGGAUCAUGUCGGAUUUGGCCAUCAGUGACUCAAGGUCUAUGGUGGGGAAGACGUUGUCACCACUAUAUCAGGAUAAAAAUAUAAUAUCUUUGAUCUACAAUGACCAGCCGCCUGCUACUGAAAACCAACCUGAUCUUCUGCAAUCGGUUGCUGAUAUGUACUCCAAGAGUAAAAGAGGUCAACAAAAACAAGCAGGCGUGCGAAAGUACAAGAAAUUCAAACUUGGUGACAAGUACUACGAUGACUAUGAUUUAGCUGAAAUGUGCAAAAUGCACUCUAAAUUCAUGAAGACUAGAGUUGAAAGUGGACAUACGAAGGGCGUCAUAUUGGGAGACAAGUUCACUUCGCUGUGGCUAGUGCAUUCUGUGCCGAGGUUCCCGCCCCUACCUGACUUUAUGAGUGGUCUAAACGUCUCCGGUUACGACUACCCCUCUACUGGAAUGAAAUACGGCCAAUCCUUCCUCUGCGUCUCCGUUCAGACAUCAACCCUGAACCAGAUCGCUACCCAGUUGAAGUACAACGAGCCUCUUCUAGUCUACACACACAUACCGGCGGAGUUCGAAAGUGAAUUACCGAACUUAGUCGAAGUUAUACGGAAUAAAACGAUCGACGCAUCGCCCUGGUACCACAUUGAAAGUUUCGAGACUCUGGUGGGAAGGAAAUUCUUGUCGUUUGCAAAGAGUGCGAUGUUCAACGAUGACCUGUACAGCGGUUUGGUGGCAGAGGUGUUGCAGUCUGAUCUCCUCGUGGAAUCCUGGACUAAUGGACCUGGCACAUUAGACUCUGAAUGUAGUCGGAAUUUCCAAGUACGGAACAUAGAGCGACUGAAGUUCCCGAUAGCGAAGAUGUCGUUCACGUCGCACAACGAUCACUCCAAGUGGGCGGUGGCGGUGGCACACAAGAUGCACAACAGCCAAGACACCAAGGUUGCAGACUACUGGGUCUGCGUCGGAGAUAUCAAUAGAGCGCUACCACAAGAGUCACGCGGUGGCGGUACAGUAUGCACGUCAGGUCCCAUCUUAUGGGGUAACUUUGCUCAUCUCAUAGAAUCUGUACAGACGUGGUACAUGUACAAGCCUCCAAGCAACAUAGGCCCCACUAUGGAGUCAGGCAUCAACUUCACGUAUAUCGCGUCUAAUGAUGAGUCUGGAAGGUUGACGGCCGGUAGACGCAGCCAUAUAUUCUCAAACGGCAUGCUACGGUAUACCAUGGCACCUAUGUUCAAUGUAGAAUACCUAGACUAUAUGGCACUGGUAGUCUACGAAGGCCGUGAGCCCAAAGAAAAUUUUAAGGGAUCAGCGUCUCUUGGUAUUAUGAUGGCCAAUGCGGCGGGCGGCAUUUGGAUAGGGCAUACUGUUCCUGGGUUCCCAGAUUUAAAACCUGAAGCUCCAAUAUUUCCUCCAGAAGAGUUAAAGAAUGGCCACAUGCUAAUGUGCUUGACACUAGACCUAGCAACACUGAACUCACUGGCAAUAGCCAUCAAGCAAACAGAACCGAGUGUGCCAAGGAUAAAUAUACCAGUAAAGCUGAAGUCCUAUUUACCAGAAUGGGGGAACCUAAUGAUCCCUGAUAAACCAGUAAAGAUAUCGAAAACUUCCGUGAGAAAAACCAAAGUAUUACAUUUUGUGACAAGGGACAAAAGUUUACGUGGUCUAAUAUUGGCUCGUAGUCCAGGGGACACGCGUUGCCUGUACAAGAGCUUCGCUAAAACCAAAGGAAUUGUGAUGGAUGUGUAUGGCCAUAAAGAACACAAUGCAUUGGUAGAAUGCGAUAGGAAAUACAGCAUACGUAACAUCAAUUCAAUAGCAUUAAAGUUUACGGACCAAGAAGUUUAUUACAUAACCAAUUCGUCUGACAGCAUGGGAUUUGCCGUCAGCACAGGAGGAGCGUGGCAAAGAUCUGGUAUUAGUAAACACCAAUAUUGGAUGUGUACUGGCAACAUAGAAAACCAACCGCCAAGUGCUAAAGGAGGCAUUGUCGCUUGCGCUUCCAAUUUCCAAAUAUGGCGUGCAUUUGAUAUUUUAAAAGUAACUGAACCGCAAUGUCCACCACUUGACAUCGCUGAUCUGUGAUCUUCUAAAUUUGAUAUGUAGGGGUAUUGCGAUUUGUAGUUAAUUUGGCCAAAUCGAGUGAGGGCCUAAAUUGAGUUGGUCCUAAAAGUGUGCCCUGUGAGACCCUAUAAUGAAUUUACUAUUUUGUUGU